UAAAGGAACCAGCCGAGGGGCUCCCUGCAGCUGGAGGGACGGGCUGGCGGGACUAUGGCCCAGGGCACGGUGAUCCAUGUGGCCCCGGAGGAGCCCACCUAUGCCGUGUGUGUCCUGGGCACCGAAAGUCAGCUGGAUGUCUACAGCUCUGCCCCCACGGGCUGCACGUCCUUCAGCAUCAGUGCCUCCCCAGGAGUGAUCGUGGACGUUGCCCACGGCCCUCCAGCCAAGAAGAAACCCAAGGGCUCCUCCAAGUGGUCCCUGGACCCGAGGCUGGAGGUGAGCCUGAGGGUGAGAGAUGCCAGCAGCAGCACAGGCGACCAAAAGGUCCAGAUUUCAUACUAUGGAUUGAAGACCAGCCCGAUCCAAGCCCUGCUCUAUGUCACUGGUGUCGAAAUCUCCUUGAGCGCGGACAUCACCCGCACUGGCAAAGUGAAGCCUGCCGGAGCCCAGAAAGGCCAGAGGGCCUGGACCUGGGGCCCCCGCGGGCAAGGCGCCAUCCUGCUGGUGAACUGCGACAAGGACAACCCCAAAUCUUCCACCAUAGACUGCAGGGAUGACAGGGUGCUUGACAGCCAAGACCUACAGGACAUGUCCCUGGUGACCCUGAACACGAACACCCCCAGGGACUUCUUCGCCAGGCACCAGCUGCUGCUCCAUGUGGCCAAGUCGGAGAUGGACAAAGUCAGGGUGUUCCAAGCCAGCCGAGGCAAUCAGAUCUCCAGGUACAGGGAGGUCCUGGGGCCAAAGCAGCCCUGUCACCCCCUGGAACUCCCGGGGGGCCAGCACAGCACAGACUUCUAUGUGGAGGGCCUCGCUUUCCCAGACGCCAACUUCCCGGGGCUCAUUUCCCUCACCGUCUCCCUGCUGGACACAUCCAACCCGGAGCUCCCCAAGACCCUGGUUUUCCAAGACAGUGUGGUCUUCCGUGUGGCCCCCUGGAUCAUGACCCCCAACACUCAGCCCCCUGAGGAGGUGUACGUGUGCAGGAUGCUUGAAAAUGAGGACUUCCUUAAGUCCGUGACUGCGCUGACCCAGGAAGCCAAGUGCCAGCUGACCGUGUGCAGCAGGGAGCAGAGUGUGGGGGACCGGUGGAUGCAGGACGAGAUAGAGGUCGGCUACAUCCAAGCCCCGCACAAGACACUGCCCGUGGUCUUUGACUCUCCAAGGAACAGAGGCUUGAAGGAGUUCCCCAUCAAGUGCAUGCUGGGUCCGGAUUUUGGCUACGUGACUCGAGGGCCCCAAACAGGAGAGGUUUCUGACCUCGACUCCUUUGGAAACCUGGAAGUGAGCCCCCCGGUCAAGGUUGGGAGGAAGAAAUACCCUCUGGGCAGGAUCCUCAUUGGCAGCAGCUGCUACCCCAGCAACGAGAGCCAGGAGAUGCACCAGGCCUUGCAGGACUUCCUGAGCGCCCAGCAGGUGCAGGCGCCCGUGAAGCUCUACUCCGACUGGCUGUUUGUGGGCCACGUGGACGAGUUCCUGAGCUUCGUCCCGGUGCACAAGGGCUUCCGGCUGCUCCUCGCCAGCCCCAGGUCCUGCUACAGGCUGUUCCAGGAGCAGCUGGAGGAGGGCCACGGCGAGGCUCUGCUAUUUGAAGGGGUCAAGAAAAAAAAACAGAAAAUAAAGGACGUUCUGUCCAACGAGAAAUUGAGAGAAGAUAAUUCGUACGUGCAGAAAUGCAUUGACUGGAACCGGGAGGUGUUAAAGCGGGAGCUGGGCCUGACCGAGAGGGACAUCGUGGACAUCCCCCAGCUCUUCAAGCUCCAGGAUGACCUCCAAGGGAGACUCAAGGCCGAAGCCUAUUUCCCAAACAUGAUGAGGCACAGAGAGGUCGGGCCUCCCGCACAAGGACACACAGCUGGCUACAUGGGAUUUAGAGCUGGAAUUCGAACCAGGGGUCUGGCUGCAGAGCCCACACCCUGACCCCCGAGGCACUGCCCGCUACGGAUUUCCCGGCGGGGGCAGGGGGGCGGGGGGACGGUGUAGGUGUGCCCUUGAGCAGGCAACUUACAAGCUGCUCUCCGUUUCAAGUCCCAUUGGGAAGGGGAAAAGUCGGGGGCACCAUUUCAGACUGGGUGGUCCGGGCAGGCCGUGAGGCUAGCACUGCCUGGGCUGGGCGGAUUCACUCCUCUGACGGGUGAACUCGGAGGGGGGGGAAUCCCACCCUGGUCAAGAACUUUUAACUGUGACCCCCUCCUCGCCCACCCCAAGACCGUCUUAAAGCCAUCCAUGGCAUUUCUACCAUCCCCGUGCCCUUCCUCUGUCUCUCCAAAGGAUACCCGAGGGCCGGGCAGAAAGCCCAGCUGGGGCCCUCAGCUACCCUGUCCUGCUGGGGCUGGGCCAGUCCCGGCACAGUGGACGUCAGACUGGUUUCCCCAGGUCCCUGGGGUUCCAAGGCAGCGGUUGGGAUUUUUUUUCCGUCUUAGGCAUUGAGGUGCUACAGAAGAUUUUAUUUAGAAGAAGAGGUUCCGUGGCUAAACCAACAAGGCAGGAAGGGGCACCUUGAAUAAAAGCCCUUGGCCCCGA